AUGGGUCUGUUUCUAGAUGGGAAAGACCUGAACACAGAGGGUUUUGGAGCGCUGGGCGAAAGGCACAGGAAAGGGAGGUCCGAGUUUCCGGCGGAGGACACGGAACGAGUGCUAGGCCCGCACUCCGUGGGCCGCCCGGAAGUGCGAGGAAAGAAGACAACCAGGACCGCUGGCCCAUUGGAGCUGCACUGCCAAGAAUACGACAGGGGCCCACGACCCCCGCACCGCGUCACUCCCCGCCCACAGGCGCCGCGGGAGGCGGGGCGGCGCGCACCGGAAGGGGCGGUGCUUCGGGGAGAACCUUCGCGCGGCUCUCGAGAAAACAGUGGAGAGAGGAAACGCAGUCUGUACAGGAUGCGGUUCCUGGUUGCGUUGCUCCUUCUGAGUGUCGCAGGGGCGGCCCCGUCGCCCCCACCGCAGCCAAACCAAAAUCAGAACGCGGCUGCAAAUCAGGCUAAUGCGGACAGCGGCGACCGCAGCCCUUCCCCCGGCAUCCAGCUGUCUAAUGAGGAAGAUCCACGACCUCUGUCGGAGUCCAGCCAUCCCUCCGAGAAAGACCCUGGCAGGUCGGAGACGCAGCCGCAGUCCCCCAGACGAGACCCUGACAAGUCGGAAAUCCAGCAGCCCCCAAAACCAGACCCCGAAAAGUCGGAAACCCAACAGUCCCCAAAACCACACCCCAGCAAGUCGGAAGCUCAACUGCAGACCCCUAAGAAACCGGACCCCGACAGGUCCAAGAUGCAGCUGCCACUGAAUACGGACCCUGACAAAUCCGAGGGACAGCAUUCCCGGACUCCAGACCCUGACAAGUCGGAAGCUCAACAGCAGGCCCCAAAGAAACCAGAUCCUGGCAGGUCGGAGGUGCAACAGCAGCCCCCGGGACAAGACCCCAGUAAGUUAGAAGUGCAGCCACCGACCACAAAACAAGAUCCUGGCAAGUUGAGCUCAGCGCAGCAGUCCACACAAGAAGGCUCCAAGCCCAUAUCCAACCCCUCUGGUAUUAAGGGGACCCCCGAGAUUGACAAAACCCAACUACCUGAAAAGGGAGAGUCCUCACCUCAGGCUUCGAAGACUGAACUGACAGUCGACUCUGACCUCUCUGCACCUAGGCAGGAGGGAGGAGAUAAGUCUUCAGAGACUACUCAGGAUGUGGGGGCCAAGGAGGCCAACGAAGGUGAUACAGGGCCGGAAGAGGGACCACCCUCUGAAGAAGAGAAAGAAAAGAUGUCAGGGGCUUCCUCCAGUGAGAACCGGGAAGGGACGCUUUUGGAUUCCAUGAAUAGUGAGAAGGACGACCUGUAUAAGAUUCCUGGAAGUACCAAUGCAGAGAGCAGUCACUUCUUUGCAUAUCUGGUGACUGCAGCCAUUCUUAUUGCUGUCCUGUAUAUUGCCUAUCACAAUAAGCGGAAGAUAAUUGCUUUUGCCCUGGAAGGAAAAAGAUCCAAAGUCACUCGACGACCAAAAGCCAGUGACUACCAGCGUUUGAACCUAAAGCUUUGAUUUGUAACUGCAAGAAUUUUGUCCUCCCUGCUGAUUUGUUUCUGAAUCAAGAAAAAUGAAGAAAAAAAGUAAUGUGACUUCUGGUGGGGUUUGAUGGCAAGUCUCGCAGAGGUGGGGGCCAUUGCUUUGGGUUUGCACCUGCACUUUGGUGGCAUUGUACUUCUGUGUUCCCUGUGUUUAUGCUGGUGUGUUCCAUCCAUCCUUUCCUCCUCCAAGUGUGAGCUGAGGGAGCGUGUGGAGACAUGACUAUGACCAAAGGGAAACCCCAGGCCUGGGCAGGCUACACUGCUGUUCACCCUCCCUUGUGCUGGCUGCGUGGCUCUGCGGCUGGGCAGUAAGUUAGCCUUUGACCACGGCAUUGCCCUUUGCUAUAUAUCUUUGCAGAUGUAGGAGGAAACUGCAAGUAGAGGUGCCUAAGGUCUCUUAAGGUGUAGACG